UGUGUGUGUAGAUCGUCAGUAGGGGCUCUUCCUCAUCACUCAGACGGAAACGCAGCUGUACUUUAGAUGAAGUGCUGCAGCUUUACCAGGAGAGACAAGAGCAGGAUCCCGGCAGCGGCAGUUAUGCAGUAGAGAACAAAGAAUUUCUAGGGUUGGGAGCAAAGCAGCUAAUGUCCCUCGAUCAUCUAAGCAGAUUAAAGGAGAACGAUGGGCGAAAGUAACUCCACUUUACUGGCAGUAACAUGGAGUCAGGGUCACAAUCCUCACGACCCUCUCAUGGCCAGCUAUGACAUUACGCUGGAUUAUGACAUUCCCGUAGACCAGAUUCCGGACACGACUCAGGGAAGAGUCUUUUUCGUCUCUACCAUCAUCAUCGCCAUGGUUCUGGUCUGCAUCAUGCUCGUCUGUGGCAUCGGGAACUGUCUCUUUAUAGUCACGUUAGUGCGUUACAAAAAGCUGCGCAACAUCACCAACCUGCUCAUCGCAAACUUGGCCGUGUCGGACUUCCUGGUGGCGGUCGUGUGCUGCCCGUUCCUGGUGGAUUACUAUGUGGUUAAGCAGCUCUCCUGGGACCAUGGGAUUUUCCUGUGCAUUUCAAUCAACUACCUGAGGACGGUGUCUCUCUAUGUGUCCACCAACGCCCUGCUGGCCAUCGCUGUGGACAGAUACAUGGCCAUCGUGCAUCCUCUCAAGCCCAGAAUGAAGUACCAGACUGCCUACUGGCUCAUAUUUGGAGUCUGGAUCUUGCCUAUUCUCAUUUCCGUGCCCUCGGCUUACUUCGCCACAGAGCACGAGUACCCUCAAGGUGCUGUCGCACGUGGCAGCAAGAUCUUCUGUGCUCAGAUCUGGUCAGCAGACCAGCAGCUUCUCUACCGCUCUUACUUUGUCUUCAUUCUGGUGGUGGAGUUUGUAGGACCUGUGGCAGUCAUGGCGUCGUGCUAUGCUCGGAUCUCACGUGAACUCUGGUUCAAGAACGUUCCAGGGUUUCCAACGGAGCAACUGGAGCGGCGUUUGCAUCGGAGGCGACGUACUGUCGUCGCUCUGAUCGCUGUCCUUGUGGCUUACGUGCUUUGCUGGGCGCCGUAUUACGGCUUUGCACUUCUGAGGGAUUUCUACCCAUCAGUGAUUACGCGCGAGCGCAAUUCACUGGUCGCGUUUUACAUCAUCGAAAGCAUCGCCAUGAGCAACGGGGUUAUCAACACGCUGUGCUUCGUGAGUGUGAGGAACAACGCUGCUAAGUGUCUCAAGAAGGCCACGUGUCCCCGGUGGCACGUUGUGUCGAGGAACGCCACAAUCACUGGUGUGAAGAUGGCGGUCGAGGGCGAUAUGAGGACUUCUUCACUCAAAGUGACGGAGGAGGUGGAAUGUACACGGAUAAGAUGAAGAGAUUAAAGAUCUGGAAGAGGAGCAGGAGUAGGAUGACGAGGAAGAUGAAGACAGAGCUCUUAGUGUAACCGUAUAAGAUCUACACUUCAGAAAGAAAAAAAAAUACUUCCUCAAAGGUUUCUUGAAUAGUUAGGAAGACCUUGUUGUAGGUUUGACAGAGGAACGGUGGAUUGCAAGACUUCUUAGUAUCUUAAAAGACUGGAACUUUACUAAUACAACUUUACAUGUCUAUUUUUUUCCAAAGGGAAAAGCCAAAGAAUCCUUUUAUCUGAUACGUCUAUACCAACAAAGUUCUCCUCAUCUCUAUCCAGUGGAAAAGGACCACCAAAAAAAGAAAGAAAAAGAAAUAAACUUCAGCCAAUACAGAACACUGAUGCAGGUUAAUAUACGUAGAGGACAAUAUUUGGGAUGAAAUUGUGCAUCACAAGUCUUGGAAGUGUGGAAGCCAUCAUCUGCUUGGAGGAGAUCACAUUCACUUUACUGCACAAAGGCAACCUCAGACAUACCUCAGAAAUCAAUGAUGUUUUUUUUCUACUACACUUUAACUCUAUUCAAUUCUAUCAGUCAUAUGGUUUUGCUUUAUCGCCUGCACGUCCAACUAAACGUCACAGUGCAUUUUUCUAAAGCGAGGCUAAUGGAGAAAAAGUGACGAGCACGUUUUACUCACUGUUCCACUAAUUCUGCCUCCAAAUCCCUUUUUUUUUAAAAACUGACUGUGAAUGUUAAUCAUUAGCGAAGCAGGAUUUAUAUUAUUGUUAACUAUUAGUUGGUUUCUCUGUUCCUUCUUUUCUCAUAGUCUUGUAGCUCUUCUUGUACCUUCUAGUACCUCUCGACAAAUAACGAAAACCGAAGAUCUCACGUAUCUUUUUUAUUAUUACUAUUAUAUGAUUAUUCGAUUGUAUUUUGGUGGAUAUUUGAGGGGGGAAAAUCCAUUGCUUCAGGAAGGUUAAUGUUUAUUUUUCAUAUACAGGAAUAUUUGUAUUAAAAUAUUUAAUGAAGCGCCAAUGACCAAUGUUAGAGAACAAUUCAUUCAUGUGUAUAAAAA